AAGCGGUAGCUUCCUGCUACUCUUCCCUGCCAGAGAGGAAAAGAAAGAGGCUGUAGAGAUUCUUCAUCAACAACGGACGCGUUGGACACGUGAAGAGAGAUGUCUAAGGAAGAAACAGCCGCGUCGACUUGGAAGAUGAAGACGGCGUUGAGUGAAAACAUGCUGUUUGGGAUGGGAAAUCCCUUGUUGGACAUCUCAGCUGUGGUGGACAAAGAUUUCCUUGACAAGUUUGGACUGAAACCAAACGACCAGAUCUUGGCUGAAGACAAACACAAAGCCUUGUUUGAAGAAAUUGUCAAGAGAAACAAAGUUGAAUACCAUGCCGGUGGCUCUACCCAGAACUCAGUGAAAAUCGCUCAGUGGAUGCUCCAGAAACCGCAUAAGGUGGCUACCUUCUUUGGGUGCAUCGGGAAGGAUGACUUCGGCGAGAUCCUGAAGAAGAAGGCGGAAGAAGCUCAUGUCGAUGCCCAUUACUAUGAGCAGACUGAGGAGCCGACUGGUACCUGUGCAGCUUGCAUCACUGGAGACAAUAGGUCCCUUGUUGCUAACCUGGCAGCGGCAAACUGCUACAAAAAGGAAAAACACCUGGACUUGGACAGCAACUGGGAGCUGGUGGAGAAAGCCAAGGUCUAUUAUAUUGCGGGGUUUUUCCUGACCGUUUCUCCAGAGUCGAUCCUUAAGGUGGCAAAGCAUGCUUCAGAAAACAACAAAAUCUUCUGCAUGAAUCUCUCCGCACCAUUCAUCAGCCAAUUCUUUAAAGAACCCUUGAUGAAGGUGAUGCCAUAUGUUGACAUCUUGUUUGGCAACGAAACGGAAGCGGCCACAUUUGCCAAAGAGCUGGGCUUUGAGAUGGAUGACAUUGCAGUGAUCGCGAACAAGACCCAAAACCUCCCCAAGGAGAACGCAAAGAGGCAGCGAUUGGUGGUCUUCACCCAGGGCAAGGACGACACCGUUGCAACUGUUGGUGAUAAAGUGACCAUGUUUCCCGUUUUGGACAUCGACCAAAAUGACAUUGUGGACACCAACGGAGCAGGAGACGCCUUUGUUGGAGGAUUCCUCUUUGCACUUGUCCAAGAGCAAUCAUUGGAGGAGUGCAUCCGGGCCGGACACUAUGCAGCCAACGUGAUCAUCAGACGGGUCGGAUGCACUUUCCCAGAGAAACCGGAUUUUCACUGAUUAAUCCGAUCUGUCACUCCCACAAGAUGCUUACUGUACCGAUUUAUACUCUUCAGGAUUUUACGUGUAUUUUUCUAUUUCCUCUGACUGACAUUUUGGAAAUAAUUGCUGCGGCUUGAUGGAUUUAUCGAGCCAUGAUAAGCAACGGAGAUAUUAUAAUGCAAUUCAAACAAUGUACUAGCAUCGGACAUUGGAAAAUGUUCAUAGGAAAAGCCGCAUUCCAGCAGAAGCUGCCAUUUGAGAAUCAACAACUGAAUACCUGAAUAGCUGAUAAGUUUGAAUCAGUAACGUAGACACUGUCUUGGUCCUUUGUCCAUAAUCUUUAAGGAAUAGUUUGAAGGUAUUUCAUAAUAUAAUUUAAAUAUAUAUAAGAAAUUGAUCAAUGUCUGAGAAAUGUAUCAUAGUGUGGGGACACCUCAAGUGUUUCUCAGUAGUUAUUCUAAGAUGUGAGUUCUUGCUCCCUUAUCUGAGAAUUGCUGCUAACUUGUGACCACAAAAUGCAAAUGAACAAACAGCAUUACAAUCCACUUCUCAACUGUUGCUCAGUGGUUUUAUGAACAGUUAUCAAUUUGCCAGUAGGCUGUUGGUGGCACUUCUGUCUUUGAGUUUUUGACUCAUGAGGAGGUAAUAGUAAUGCAGAAGAGGUAUGUUUACAGCCCUAUCCAUAAUUAUUGGCCCCCUGGUGAAAAGUUGUAAAAACCGUCAGAAUAAAUGUAUUGCAGCAGCAUAAUGUCACACAAUUCUUUUAUUUAUUCUAAAAAAAUCAACCCUUAUUUUGGUAAAUUUAGAAUGUUGGUGACUGGUGAACCAUUUUGGUGUUGGUUUCACUCUUGUUUUUUGCUGACAGAUCCAAUGAUGAUAAACUUUGAGUUGUCUGGAAGAAGCACGCCUAGAUUUCCAUUUAAAAUAUCUCAAUAAUUUAAGGAUUUCAUGCAUACCACCACAAAAUCAGAUAUUUCCUAACAAUGGAUAUUUUUUCCUUGUUGAAUAAAUAUAUUGAAAUUAAAGGUUGAGUUUUCUUAAUUGUUUAAUGUACAAUUAUGCUGCUGCAAUAAAAGCUUAAUUUAUUUUAGGACUUUUUACAGAGCUUUAUUGUGUGUGUGCAUAAGUGCAGAGGGCCCUGUCGUGGCGUGAAUAAUGAAUGCAAGCUAGCACUGUACAAAGUGUCAUCCUUGAUGCCUGUUGGUAAAAAUGUUUGUUAUUCAAUUUAAAAAAUAUAUAUAUUAUGAUUUGCAGUUUGGUGCUGCAGACAUCAUUGAUAAAUUACGACUAUUGACUGGUUCCCAUUUCUUAUGGAGCACAUAUCAUUUAGCAAUUUUUCUUUUUCAACUGAAAAUACAAGAAAAGUAUAAGAGUGAUAACGUUAAAUUUUGGAACACCAAACUUUGUCAACACCGCAGAACGCCCUAAGAGCAAAAUAGUGAUUGCAAUGUCUCCAGCUUUAAGUUAAUCCAAUGAAGUGAAGACUUUUGUAGAGAGUCAUCAAGUGAUGAGGAGGAAUUCAAGAGAAAUGUUUGGACCGGCAGCUUGGAUAUCUUACAAUCUGGCACCCCUCUAAAGGAUUUAAAAGCAUGCUGUCUGAAGCCCACAGUGGAGUUUUACUGCUUGUUACAAAAACUGUCAGAAGUCUAAAUUUUCUCUGCACAUUCAGUUUAUAUUUUACUCGUGAUGGUUAAAGUACAACACAGUGAUGUGUCAAAAUAUCUGAGUUAUUCUAACGAAACUGUUGGCACAUCACAGAAGAAGAGAAGAAGUCAGAGUGGAAGCUAGUAAUGUGACAGAAGCCACGCAAAAAGUAAAAACAUCUGCAGGAUGAAGAACUAUCUUACCAGAACUUUAUGCUCACAAACAACACCCACGGUUUUUUCUAUUGUGGUAUGACAGUGGUUUCCCUGUUCCAACUAUGGCAUGAACUGUGCUACGUCCUCUUCUCUUAUGUUUGGGGCCUUUUAUUCUGUUAGAACCAAGAUUCUGAGUGUUGCAUAAUGCUAGAUGUAAAACAGCUGUUUUUGGUGUGUGAUGAAAAAUUCAUCUUUCACUUUAAUGGAAUUCACCCACAGUUUUUGUAUAGAUAUACUUUAUCUGUAUCUUUUUUUUUAUCAAGAAAACGGUCUAUGUCCUACAUCACAAUCAAUAGUUAAUCUGACAGUGGUGUUUCAGAUGUAAGAUCAUCACCCAAAAAUGGUGUCCAGGUGCAAAAAUGGUUUUUAAAAUUUCUUUUCUUCCUUGAAAAACAACAAAAGCCUCAUUAUGUCUCAAUUUCAUACUUUGCACAUUUAUAGAUUUUAUGGCUCUAAAACAUGAUGACAUUUUCCCUUUCAGAAACAAUAGAACCAAACAGGAAGUAAUUGUUUUGUUUGUACAGAAACAAGAAAAACCACAUUAGUCUUGUCUCGACCAACACAAAGUCAGAUUUAAUAUUGAUUUCUUAAAGAAACAGGUGAACUUUCCUGAAAUAUACCAUACAACGCACAGAUAAUUUGUAAAGUUUCUUUAUUUCAUUUAAUCAGCAAGGUAUCCCACUCUAACAUCAUGGUCAUUGUAUCCUGGAACUGCUUGAGUCACCCAGCCUCCCCCAUCACUCCCAUGGCUAGCUGGGGUCCAAACUGGACUCUGUGUCUGCAGGGCAGCAGGAGAUCAUUUUUCUCAGUUUAAGGGAUUAGUGGUUGCUCUUCGCCACGACCAUUAAAGGGACCUGAAAAUUAGCCUGAUCCUUCGUACCCAGCUGUGCCGUCGCUGGGGGUUGGAGACAGGGAUCAGAGGGACCCCACCCCCCACCCCCACCCGCCAGCAGAAACUGUUGGGCAAUGUCUCAAGUGUUUGAAAUAAUUCAACACUCAUCUGUUCCAAUGUGAAGUGAGAAUACCCGUUUUUACUCUUAUUGAACUACUUGUUAUACCCUGUAUCUUUUUUUUUGCCUUUGCAUACAUAUUAACCCAGAUCAUACAGGUUAAAAAGACUUUCUCCUGCCAAAGUGUUACUAACAACUCUGAUUCUUUUUUUAAUCAAACCUUUUUUUUUUUUUAAAGGAUUUCCACAGAUGCGCUUUGAAAAGGUCCACCAUUCUGAUUGGACAAGACUCCAUGGCAGCUGGUUCAUUUGCUUCUCAAGAUGACAGAUGGCAAAACACAAACACAAAAAGAGAGAGAGCCAUGAUUAAGUAAUGAGGAUGCCUGCCACAAUGAGGGAAACUACUUUUCUCACUUUCUCCAACAAACUUUGGCCCUGCUCAGUGCACACAGAUGAAAAACAAACUUGAGAGCAUUUAGCAUUUUAUCACGCUCUGUGAUUUAGGAAGACCUUUAACAAAUAGUGAUGCUUGGUCUGCAAUAUCUCUAAUUUUCAUUCUUUGGCUGAAACUUCACUUUUCCGUUACAAUAAAUUUUGAUUUUGUGA